AGAUGGAUAAAAAGCAUUGCAUUAAGGCUGUGGCCCAUUAUCACUUCAACUUGUUGCUUGAGCCUGGAACGCCAUCCGAACCUCCUGAACACGUCUCUGUCCUGAUUGGAACCCUGGGAUUCAAAACAGAAGAUGCCAGGCACAGCAAGACAUGACCAAGAGAUGGCAACCAAAGCUAGAAAAAGCCUGUUCCAGACCACCGACGCGCUUGAAAAACUUCGCCUCCAGUGUUUAGCAAAGGGUUCUGCAGGCAUCAAAGGACUUGGCAGGAUAUUUAACAUCCUUGAUACUGAUAACAGCAAAACACUGGAUUUCAAUGAGUUUCUGAGAGGACUACAGCAUUAUGCUCUGAUGAUCAAUAAGGAAGAAGCGCGAGAGAUUUUCCAGGCAUUUGAUAAAGACUGCAGUGGAACAAUUGAUUUUGAUGAAUUUCUCGUUACGCUGAGACCUCCCAUGUCCAAUGCAAGAAAAGAGGUCAUCAUGCAGGCAUUUCAGAAGUUAAACAAGAGCGGAAGUGGUGUCAUAACAAUUGAAGACUUACGCGGGCUGUAUAAUGCAAAAUAUCAUCCCAAGUACCUAAAUGGAGACUGGACAGAAGAACAAGUUUUUAAAGCCUUUCUGGAUAAUUUUGAUUCACCCUAUGACAAAGAUGGGAAGGUCACAACAGAAGAAUUCAUGAACUACUAUGCUGGAGUCAGUGCUUCAAUAGACACAGACAUCUACUUUAUUGUCAUGAUGAAGAAUGCUUGGAAACUCUAAUAAUGCAGUUAAAGAAGCGUGACUUUUCUUUCACCUUUUAUAGGUUCCUCUGAUUAAGUGUAUGCACAACAACACCCUCCUGUUCCAUAACAAGUUUCCAGUAACUGUGCCAAUUACGUUCAAUCUGCAAAAUUAAUUCCCAGAUGCUUCAGUAGGCUCAGCCUCAGGGGAUCAGAGCGUAAUCAGAGAGUAGAUCUGGCAUUUGGCCACACCACACAUCUGUCCUUUUUAUCUUUGCAUCCCUGGUAUGUCUUUUUUUUCUGAGAUGAACUGCUCUUUUCUUUUUGGCAUCUGCAGUAGGUUGCUGUGGCUCCUGAAUGUUCCUCUUGCAAUAUCAGAUACAGUUCUGUUUGGCAGAGGGUGCAGGAGAUGGAAACCAAAAUAUUCUGUACGUGUGGUUGGACUGGCUUUUAUAAAUGGAAGUCUGUCCCAGGACGGUCAAGUAGACCUGUCAGCUGUAGCACUGCAAUACCUUUUGGCUUUGUGGGUCUCACUAGUGUGAUGGAGCAGCUGCUGAUCUUGCUGCCGGGAACAUGUGAGUUCCCAGUACCAGGAGGCUGGAGGAGUUAUUGAAGAAGGGGAGACAUGGACCAGAAUAAAUGCAAAAUUCUUUGAAAAGCCCUGUUUAUUUCUCUGUCUCACAACCAAACAUAUAUACUACUUUCCUGUGCACACCAUGUUUCAACCCCCUGUACAGCUUCUUAUAGAUUUUCCCACCCCUCCUCCUGCUUUAAUUCCUUUAUUUCUGUACUGCGAGAUAACUUUAUUCUUCAAAGGGGAUACAUGUGCUACAGCAUUUUUUUCUCUGUGUUAUUGCAAUGUUUUCUGACCUUGUGGCUGUUGCCUGUACAGA